CAUAUCAUUGACUUACUGCGAGCUCUAUCAAGCCCUUGGCGGACACCUAUUGUCGGAUCCGGGUUCAAUUUCACGGGGAAAUGGAUCUCGGCUGCUUGGAUAUGGGUUGCAUCGAAAAGAAGAGAGUCAUCCCCUGCAAUCAGACUCCAUCUCCUUCCGGCAGCCCUACUGCCUCUGCCGCUCCCACUUCCAAACAUGCCAAGAUUAAGGGCACGAAAGAAGGUGUAUAUUCAAACUUGGUUUCUUUGAAUAAAAACGCGUCACAAAUUAGGAAGCCUCCACAUAGAAAAACUUCACCUCUGAAUUGGUUCCCUCGACAGAAGGUGGACUCCUAUUUGAAGAGGAAAAUAAAGUUACUGCAGGAAGUAGAUGGUAUGAGUUCAACACUUGAUGAGACUCUGGGUGAUUCCAACCCUCAUUAUUCAAGAGUUCUAAGAGAGAAAAUUGCAGUGAGGGAGGCUGCACAGAAAGCAAUGGAGGCUCGAAAGGUUGCGAUGGUUGAGGCAUCUUGGUGUAGAAUACUUAAGGCUGCCAGAAUUGAUACUAAACAAGCAGAAGAGCAUUUAAUGGAGGCAGAAAAAGCAUCAGAUGAAGCUUUUCAAGAAGCAACAUCGAUUGGAGUGAUAUUAUAUGAUACGUCAGGUGCUUCACAGAAACAGUACAGCGUUGAAACAUCUGCAUCAAGAGUGGGAGGAUCCAACAUGCACACCGUUAGAACAUCUUUUGAAACUGCAUUUGAGGUGGAUAAGCAGGUGGCAUCUGCAGUUAAAGCUGCCCUUAUCAAACUUGCGAAUUGCCCUUCAAUGAACAAAGAUGAGUUCAAAGAACUGCUGCGUAAAAUCAGUCAAAACCCGGAUAAUGAUGAAAAGAAUUCAGAGUCUUCUUCAAAAGAUGAAGAAUCCGAUACUGCAACUGAGAUGGAGGUUGCUUGUGAAAACAAAAGGAAAUGUAAUAUCACAAAGAUUGAAGAGAUCAUGGUGGAAAGACUGAGGUGUUUGCAAGAAGAUGAACUUGAGUCUCUUGCUACUAUAGUUGCCACUUGUGGGCUAAAUGCGGCUCUUGAAGAAGCCGGAAACCAGAGACUGCAUACUAAGGUGGAAGCAGUAUCAGAUCAUACAUCACAUGCAGGCCCACCCCAAAAUGAACAUGAGGCCCCACUUCCGAGCCUGGACAAGUUUCUGGUAAAGCGGUUGACAAGACUCGAAAGGGAGGUUCUAGAAGCCAAAACAGCUAAAAGGAAUGGAGAUAAGGAAGAAAAUGACAGACGCCAUUUUUCAGAUCAGCCUUCAUCUAAAUACAGCACUGAAAUUGAAAAACAUUCAGAGUCAUCAUCAUCAUCAAUUGGAAGCAAGUCAAGUGGUCAUAUGAUUUCCUCUGAGGUUCCUGAUCUUGGGAGUAUACUGGUGAAACAUACUUCAAAGCUGGAGAGAGAGAUUAAAGAAUCAAAAACCAAUUCGGAGAGAGUGGAUGGUAAGGGGGCAGUUGGCAAUAAAAAAUCAGACGCGGCCGAUGAGAUUCCUAGCCUAGAUAAAUUCCUCGUGAAGCACGUUUCGAAACUUGAAAAAGAAGUGCAAGAAGCAAAAGACAGACAAAAGAAUAGCAACUUCCGUAUACCAGAUUCAGGUGGGGGAGGAGGAGUAGAAAGACUGGGGAAAGAAAACAUUGAGCAGAACAAGAACAUAGAUGCAGAAGUGGAUGAAAGUAAAGUCUCGCUGGGUAAGGUUUUAGUGAAGCCGAUUCACCGUUUGGAAAAGAUGAAGAAAAUGCAAGAGUCAUCAUCAUCAAUUGGAGGUGUCCUGAUGAGAACUCAGAGGAGAAAGCAUGGAGGAGGCAACUGUGAUGAUGGGCUAGACAAAAUACUGGUGAAGCAUGUCUCUAAGCUGGAGAAGGAGAAGAUGGCUGCUCUAGAAGCAGCAACUGAGGAAGUUAAGCUGCCAAGUGUGAGUAGAAGUUCCCUUGGGGUGAGCAAUGAACCAGGUAGUCUGGAUCAUGUCUUGGUGAGGAAGGCCAAGUGUGAUAGUACAUUAGAGAGGAAGGAAACGGUGGAAGUGGCUGCUGCCCGCGAAUCAGAUGAUGCCCAGAUUAGGCAUUCGGUUUCUCGCAAAGAAGCUAGGGAGAAAGAGUUGCAGCAAGCAUGGGGUGGAUUGAGCUUGGGUAACUCCAUUCGCCCUCAUCUCUCCAGACUUCAGAGAGAUAAGGCUGCGUGGCUUGAAGCCGAAGAAGAAGAAAGGAGAAAAGCCCCAGAGAUGUAAAAAUCAAGAACAUGUCAACCG